AUGACGGCCGAGAGCGCGCCCCCGCCGCCGCCCGCACCGCCGCGGCCCGAGGCCCUGGCGGCCGUGAAGGAGGAGCGCGGCGAGGCGGCGGCGGCGGGGGUCCCCGCCGAGGGCGCGGGGCGCGGCGCGGGGGGCCGGCGGCGCAAGCGCCCCCUGCAGCGGGGGAAGCCGCCUUACAGCUACAUCGCGCUCAUCGCCAUGGCCAUCGCGCACGCGCCCGAGCGCCGCCUCACCCUGGGCGGCAUCUACAAGUUCAUCACCGAGCGCUUCCCCUUCUACCGCGACAACCCCAAGAAGUGGCAGAACAGCAUCCGCCACAACCUCACGCUCAACGACUGCUUCCUCAAGAUCCCGCGCGAGGCCGGCCGCCCGGGCAAGGGCAACUACUGGGCGCUCGACCCCAACGCCGAGGACAUGUUCGAGAGCGGCAGCUUCCUGAGGCGGCGCAAGCGCUUCAAGCGCUCCGACCUGUCCACCUACCCCGCCUACAUGCACGACGCCGCGGCCGCCGCCGCCGCCGCCGCGGCUGCCGCCGCCAUCUUCCCGGGCGCCGUCCCCGCCGCGCGGCCGGCCUACCCGGGCGCCGUCUACGCGGGCUACGCGCCCCCGCUCGGCGCGCCGCCGCCCGUCUACUACCCCGCCGCGUCGCCGGGGCCCUGCCGCCUCUUCGGCCUGGUCCCCGAGCGGCCCCUCAGCCCCGACCUGGGGCCCGCGCCGUCGGCGGCCGGCGGCUCGUGCGCCUUCGCGCCUGCGCCGUCCGCGGCCUCGGCCGGCAGCUUCCAGCCCGUCAACCCCGCCGCCUACGCCGCCUACGCGGGCCCCGACGGCGCGUACCCGCAGGGGGCGGGCGGCGCGCUCUUCCCCGCCGCGGGCCGCCUGGCCGGACCCGCCUCGCCCACCGCGGGGGGCGGCGGCGGCGGCGCCGAGGCCACGGUGGACUUCUACGGGCGCGCGUCGCCGGGCCAGUUCGGGGCCGCCCUGGGGCCCUGCUACAACCCCGGCGGGCAGCUCGGGCCCGGGGCGAGCGGCGCCUACCCCUCCCGCCACGCCGCCGCCUACCCGGGCGCGGUGGAUCGCUUCGUGUCUGCCAUGUGA